CAGGAACAAACCUUACAUCUUCUUCCUCUUCCUCACCAGCAGCGGCCUCCUUCCUGACCGUCGCUGAUGGAUAUCGGAACAAGUUGCAUUUUUUCCUCUACGAAGUGCUGCCCUUUGUCAGCUGUGUGGAGAAGCGAGUGGAGUUUUUGUCCAGAUUGGCUACUCCUCUUCAAGGUAGCGGCGAGACAUCAGAGGCAGAAGUCUUACGUCCGCGUGUCCUAGAGUCGAUCGCAGUCGUGGCGCGGUCCGGAGAAGACUAUUUGCGGAUUGCCGAUCCUCAAGUGGUUCAAAAGUGGAUCGCCACGUGGACGAGGGCACUAUUCUACCUAGGAAGCCGCCUCAUGUGCAUGGAUGCUCAAGAGACAUCAUCCUCCGAUUCUUCGGGUGCUAGUUUCUAUCUGCAAGUGCUGUUGAAGCUGUUUUCGCGCCAACUGGUGCCGAUGCCGGGUCCUUCUGCGCGGCAGCUGUUUCAUAGCGACAAUCUCCCGCUUCAGCGGCAGUUGUUGCCGUUUUUCCUCGGUCUAGGUGGCGACGCGCCGCCAGUGGUGAGGCUGAGCGCUUUCCCGGACUGCCAACGACAAGCUUUGAGUCUUUUGGCGCACUUGUCGCCAGAACUCUUGAACAAGGAAGCCCUGGUGCAGAAGCUCUGCCAGCAAUUGCUCUUUCCGAGAGAUCUAUACGUUGCAGAAGACACGAACUUAGGAAGUACUACUACAUCCUCCUGUGCUGGUGCAACAUCCUCCUCCUCCUCUGGUAUGACCUCAUCGUCCGGUCGUGUAACUCAAAAAAAAUCGUCCGGUUUUUCAUCAUUACCAAACAGCCACCGUCGCCUCCUAAUGGAGAUCCUGCUACGUCGUCUGUGUGCAACCGGAAAAAGUUUCUGGCGAUUCGCUUUGUCUGUGUGCCUACUCGAAGGUGCUGAGCUCGUCAUAGAGGCUAUUGCGGGACGUAGAGAAUGCACCACGGAGACGCUGUGCGCAUUCUUAGAGCAGGUCUCGGCUGAUACUAUCAUCGGAGAGUCAAGUACACCUACAGCGAACGAAGUAUAUCAACAAUAUGGUACUAAUCCUUUCACGGCACUAGAGGAGACAACGUCAAAAGCGGCGGCAACGACACCGCUCCAAGAAUUGCGGCUGCAACUACGGACCUUGCUAGCCCAAAAGCACCAGGAGAGUAUGCAGUUGUUACGGCUUGUCCGGUAUGUCGAUCUUUGCUGUGGCCUGGAGCAGGUAGCUUUCGGGGGAUCCCUGCCGGUCAAGGUCUGUUGCCACGUAAGAGACGUCUCUGGGAAGAUUAUCAGUGCCACUGUAGCUGCCAGUCCGUGUUCGUCUGGAGAUGGUGGUGAAAUGGCAGUCGUGGAGGAAAACUGAACUUACUCAGGAACAGCGUGAUUUAGAACUACAAGAAGUGACAAUUACAUGGGGUCAAGAUCAUUGUGACUAGCUGUACGAAAGCUAGUCGGCGAUGAACAUCGUUUGAUGAAGAUUUUUAUCCCGGCAUCGUUAGAACCCUCACUCGACCAAGUCUGUAGAUGUCAAAAAAUGUUGAAGACUUUUAUGCCAAUUUUAUUCGCACCAAAUGAGAAUCAGAUGAACUACCCCUGCUCCCAUGAUUUUUACACGCGACGUGCUGAAUAUUUAGGACCUCGAAC